UGAGAGAAGAUAACAUUUUUUAUUAGAAUUAAAAGGAAAGAUAAUUUAAUUAUUUGGAAAGUUAAUAUUUAAUUCACAGAGCAUAUAAACAAGCAACAUUGUCUAAAUAUAACGUUUCAUCAAGAUUGGGAAUAUUUGCUAAAAUAGUGAGGUUAUGUUAUAGCCAUUUAUCAACAAUAUUUCAUAAAACUAAAAACAAAAAUAAUUGGGAACAAAAUUUUGUAAAUAAAAAAUUGGAAAUGUAUAUGUUUCAUCGACCCUGCGAUGACCGUCAAAAUGAACUAAAAGGUCACUAUCCCUUGGUUCAUUCAGAAGUCAAUAUUAUCGACCCUGAUAGUCUUUUAUGGGUUUAACAAGCAAUUGUUUCUAUGGUGACCCUCGAUCGAAGAACUCUUUCGGCGCGCACAGGUAAAUGAAACUAUAUAGACAUAGUCGCCAGGUGUGCAGACUUUCUUAGUGAAGAGUGUGCAGUCUUAAAUAUUGACACGAUCUACCAUGAACUUAAACGUCCUUCCGUCGGUCAAUUCUUCCUAAGUUUCCGGAAAUCUAAUUUUAUAGAAACAACAACUUUCGCCUUCGUUAGCAAAAAAAAAAAAAAAAAACACCAUAUAAUGAUUGGAAGAACUUCUCUAUUGGAUCAAAAAAAAUUACAAUGGGCUAAAGAAAGAGAAGAAUUGGGAAGACUUGGCGGAAAUUGGGGUCCAGUUAAAGUUUCUGAUUCGAUUCGUUCAGCGAUACGCACAAGAAUAUGCUUGACGGAAUUAAAUGGCAAACAUCCGUAUCCUCUUCGUGAAGGUGCACAUUACGGAAGUACAAUGAGUUUAAGAAGUUUAGCAUCUGACAAUUCUGGUAUUUGUACAUCAAGUGUUCAAAAUUUGGAUUUUUCCAGUGGUAGUCUUAUUAAUCUUCAUGAUAGAAUUGAAAAUCAUAAUACAGUGAGACGAAGAAGUCCCAGUUUACCUCCAAUUCAUACCAAUAAGGAACAAUAUCAACAUUUUAUCCAGGAACAAAAAGCCCUUGGUGUCGACGGACUUCGUUAUCAGCCUAAACCACAGAAAUACCAGCAUCGUCACAACGAUCCAAACGAUUGCCACCCCUACGAGGAAAAAGAGGGCGAAACUUCCGGUUACGCCAGUGAUUCCGUAGAGGCAACUGUCACUUCACUCCAAGAUCCAUUGAUGUCUUGUAAAUCGUCAGACAUUAUUACCAAUGAGAAAACUUGGCAGAAUCCUUAUUAUACAACUGAUGAGAGUUCAUUACCACCAUCGAGAAGAAUUAUUAGUAUUAAAGCUGGUGAAUUUAAUCGUCAACGAUGGGGAAGUAUUUGGGGACAGGAUCCAUUAAAAGGAGAUCCACCUCCACCUUCCUGGCUUGAAAGAGGUCUUUCUCGUUUGGAUCAUUCUAGUCAGGUUUUAGUUAUUAAUCAUGACAGUGCCAGUAGUCCUGAUAGUUCAACAACAGGAUCGACCGGUUCCAGUUCAAACAAGACUUACUUGCGAGGCCAAAAUUUGCCAAUCGAUGCCAACGUACUUCAGGAACGUGAGACUCGGAGACAAAAGGCCGUUGAACUGCAAAAUGCCAUAAAGCAGCAAUUGGAGGAAAGAGAGAGACAACGAAGGUCUGAAAAGGAACGAAAAUUAAGAGAAGAACGAGAAGAAGAAGAAAGAAUAAAAAAAGAAAGGGACAAAGAAAAAGAAAGACUGGAGGAAGAGCAGAGACGGCAAAAGGACAAGGAAAUUGCAAAGCAAAAAAAAGCGGAAGCCAUGAGAGAAGUAAUCGAAGCAGCAGAGCGCUUAGCAAAAGAAGAAAAGAAACUUCGAAGAAAGCGAAAUGUUAACGAGAAUAAUAAACCAAUUGCAAAUUUAUAUGAAUCCAAUUUAAAAGAUCAUUUUACAGAAUCAGAUUUACAGACUAAUGAAUCGCAGACAGAAAAAGAUGUAAAGCCAAUAAUGAAUGAAGAAAAUCAUUUUACGAAAAUUAAGGAAAUUGAAAAGAAAGAUACGUUCGACGAACCUAAGGAUUUAAAUAAUUCAAUUCGAAUUCCUGUUAGCAAAGAUGUGGCAAUUGUUCUAAGUGGCAGACUCGAUGAUCCGGAACUUUUAAAUAAAGCAAAUCUUCAAGUUGUCAAUUUUGUUAUGACACCAACGCCAAGGAAAAAUGAUGUAAAUCAUAUUCUAAGCGGAUUAAAUGCCAUUGUUAAUAAUAAUUGUAAUUCUAAUUAUGUAACGUGUACAAAAACGAAAGCCUCACCUAGAUUCGUGGAGAAUCGACUUUUGACACCAAGUAAAUAUAGGACCCAAAAUUCAAGAGACUGUGGUACACAAACUGACACUGAAAAAGAGAUUCAGGAUUUGCAAAAUAGAAUUCAUGAAAUAGAUAUAAAUAAUUUUUCAAAAGAAAGUAAAGACGCUGCUAACAAUAAUCAAAGAGAUGUUGAAAAAUCGACUUCAACCAGCAAUGCCGAGGAAAUGACAGUGAAAACUUUACCAAGAGCUAAAAAAGAACCACGAACAAGUCUCGAAUCACGACCAAGAUGGAAUGCCAAUCGUCCAGGUACAAGAUAUCGAACACAAAGUGAAAAAGAUCCUCAUUAUCAACGUCGUAUGAGGCUCAGAAGAAAUCGUGUUGAAAGUAGCGAUGAAGGUUCGAGAUCGCCGUCGCCAGAUUUAAGAAAAAAUAAUUCAAAACAAAAGACGAGAAGUUUAACAAGACGUAAAACAAAGUUGGAUAGUUACGACGCUGAUUUGUCGAUGGAUAGUCUCAACUCUACUAUACCACUGCGUUUUGAUGAAAAUGGGAGAAUCAAUAUCGUGGAACAUAGAAACGAGCAUGGUAACAUAAAUAAGUAUAGUCAAUCUUCCAACUACCAGUCAAAUAUUUUAAAGGAUAAUGUAGAUUCGCAAAAUUGGUGCGGUCAAGAAAUUCUUUCACAUCUUUCAUCAUUGAGAAACGGACUCUUGAUUAUGCAGAAGCAAUCCUGUCCAGUGUCACCAAUUACCGAGCUUUAUUGAAAUUAGAAAAAAAAAAAUUAAUUUUGCACAGCUUUAUUUCCGUUUAAUUUAAUUGCAAUAAAAUUUGUUUCUUUUGUUUGUUUUU